GGAGGAGAUGGCCGGGGACGCUGCAGGGGACACAUCGUGGGGGGGACACAAUCGUGGAGCGCAGGGUAAGCAGCGCCGCAUGGUAUUCCCAGAGUGUAGCUCGGGGUUACCGCUUUUUGGUACUGAAAUGUUACCCCGAGCUACACUCGGGAAUACCGCCAAGGAGGUUAAUGAACUAGCAAAAAUAACACAGUUCAGGAACGCAGUCAAAAUAGAUGCCAGAGUUUGGAUGCCACACCGGGUAAUCGGAUGAGCCAGGGUCAG